AUGGACUUUUAUCUGGAUUGUAACUACUGCAAAAUGACAAUGCAAAGCCAUACCUGAAAUAUCUAGAUGUUUCUCUCAUUCAUUUGUUUAGUAGGGGUGAACCCGAAGAUAUUUCUCAGAAGGAGGCUUCCUUCCACCCCUGUCUAGCUAUAGGGGUCUUUAAGAAUCAUGAAAAAUGAGAAGUUAUAUUUUAAUUUCCAUGUGCUCAUACUGUGAAUGAAACUAAAAGUGAUUGCUUCCAAGAACGGGAUUUAAAAUAUAAUUUUGAAACUAAAAGUGACUUGAGAGGAGGGGUUAUAAAUUUAGCUCAGCUUUGUUCCUCCAGCUGUGAGUAACCACAACUAACAUUACUAAAUUUCCCAUUCCAGACGUGUUCGCAAGGACGGGUUCAUUCAGCGCCCGUGUCAAAAAGACUACCAAUGCAAUCAGUAACUUCAUCAUGCGCCCCACCAGUUCCCGCACCUCUUGGACAUCGUCCCAGGAGAACGUGAACGAGAAGGAGAACCGCCAGUCCCCCAGGGGUACCCCACCCCCCUCCCCCAGGGACAGGGCAGGCUCAUUUGGAAGUAUUCUGGCUAACAUGAGGCAGGAAAGAUCUGGAUCAAUAGGGAGAGAGGUCACACCUCCGGCUAUCACAGUCACCAAGGACUCUAGUGACAGCGAGAUGAUGCCGCCUCCCAAAGCACCUGUCAGGAGAAAGAAACAAAUACGGAGGAUAGAGAGCGACUGUGAUAUAAAUGAACUAGAGGAACCAUCUGACAUGCCAAGACCAGUAUCAGAACCAUCUGGUCUAUCAGGACUAGCAGGCACUUUAGUGUGACAGCAGCCAUGAAGAGCAGUUCUUCACUUGUGUUCUUAUAUGGAUAUAUCUAUCAGGACUAGCAGGGACUUUAGUGUGACAGCAGCCAUGAAGAGCAGUUCUUCACUUGUGUUCUUAUAUGGAUAUAUCUAUUAGGACUAGCAUUCACUUUAGUGCGACAGCAGCCAUGAAGAGCAGUUCUUCACUUGUGUUCUUAUAUGGAUAUAUCUAUUAGGACUAGCAGGGACUUUAGUGUGACAAGAGCCAUGAAGAGCAGUUCUUCACUUGUGUUCUUAUAUGGAUAUAUCUAUUAGGACUAGCAGGCACUUUAGUGUGACAGCAGCCAUGAAGAGCUAGGAGGCAAAUUAUCAGAACUUACAUGUUAUGCUAUCUUUUCUUUGUUUCUGACAUGUUAGUGCAAUGCCUUCAUGAUGCUUGGUGCAGAAUCAUGGCAUGGCAUUGUCAUGCUAUGGCAUAUUCAUGGCACUUUGUACAGCAUCAGUAUGGCAUGGCAUCUUUAUGGUAUCUUGUUCAAAAUCGUCAUGGUACGGCAAUGUCAUUGUUCACCAUAUGACAUAUUCAAGGUAGCUUUUGUAACAUCUUCACAUUGAGGCAUCUUCAUGGUGACCUGAUUGGCAUUUUUUUGGUACCUUUUACACCAUAUUUAUAGCAUAUAUCUUUCACUCUGAAUUCACCAUGCAUUGAAAUAGACCAGAACCUUUGGUCUAAAAAUAAAGACAAUAUUUUGUAGAACUGGCUGAAGGGCUGUUUGAGUAAGUACCUUAAUGUAAUGGCACCUGCAGCCUUUAUCUUUGCACGCUCUACAUGUAGGCUAGGGUUCUCACAUGAAACAGUAUGAGAACCAUUUCUGUCACCAGGGACUUGAGUUUGACGAUGUCUUGGAGUUCUUUGAGUUAUUACAUGACACCACUGUGAAAGAAAAAUCUGUUCUUGGCUUCAUAUUUGAAAAUAUUUUUGUGGGUAUUUUAACAUAAAAUAUUGAAAAAAUCAAACAUGAGACAAGGGGAGGUGUAUGAAAAUUUAUAGUAAUUACCAUAAUCUGUGUUAAAACUGUAUUUCUGUCGUUCUCAUAUGUUGAGAGUGAUCUGGAACUUAAGCAUAUUAUACGCCUACAACUAUGGAUAAGUAGUAUCGGCUGUAUACCUGUAUUGCUUAGAUAUUAUAUAUCUUUUGCUUGGAGUUAUGUAACAAUUAUACAGGAAAAAUUUAUUGCACCCAUCCCAUUUCUUGAAGUUUUUUAACAAAGCUAUAUAAUAUGAAAUAAAGUAUAUUUUUCAAGCA